UCAGCGCGCAUUACAAUCACUUCCGUGUUUCCAGCCUGAUCUUCCCCCCAGAAGCGCUUCCUCCUUCCUUUCCUGUUUCGGCCUCGACGGAAGAAAUACUGAGCAAUGGCACCACGCAAGGGUAAAGAAAAGAAGGAAGAGCAGGUCAUCAGCCUGGGACCUCAGGUUGCCGAAGGCGAGAACGUCUUUGGAGUCUGCCACAUCUUUGCAUCCUUCAACGACACCUUUGUGCACGUCACUGAUCUUUCUGGCAAGGAAACAAUUUGCCGUGUGACUGGUGGGAUGAAGGUGAAGGCCGACAGAGACGAGUCCUCUCCCUACGCUGCCAUGUUGGCUGCCCAGGAUGUGGCUCAGAGGUGCAAGGAGCUGGGCAUCACUGCCCUGCACAUCAAACUGAGGGCCACCGGUGGUAACAGAACCAAGACCCCAGGACCAGGUGCACAGUCUGCCCUUAGGGCUUUGGCUCGUUCCGGCAUGAAGAUUGGCCGCAUUGAGGAUGUCACCCCUAUUCCAUCAGACAGCACCCGCAGAAAGGGAGGUCGCCGUGGCCGUCGUCUGUAAACUGUCGAUUUUUCAAAAUAAAAAGUCAAAUUCCA